AUGAUUCUUCCUAUUCCCGACGCUCUCCCGGAGCUCGCCAAGCGCCUCCCACCUACCAAGGAACUAGUCCAACCCCCCUCCACAAGGGAAGCGCGCGAUCUCUUGGAAAAGGCAACUUCCAAAUACGCUCAACACAAGUCGAAGACUGCUAGAGCUGUGAGAAGGCCAAGGCAUCCACCCAAUGGCGAUUUGAAGAUCAUUUUCUUUCUAGGGGCUGUAAUCCUAAUAGCGAUAGCUGUGUCUAUCUUUUGCAUAGUCCAGAAUAAGAAGAAGGACGAAGCCAGGAAAAAGCUUGAAGCCAAGAAAGAGGCUGCACGAGCAAAGGCAGAAGCAGCGGCAGAAGCAAAGGCACAAGCAAAGGCACAAGCAGCGAACAAGGGUGGUUACGAGGAAAUUGGUUGUUCGGGACUUACGCCUCGAAAAUCACCAAACAAAAGUCUGUGUCUAUUCUAUGGUCAAAAUCACUCAGACGGCUACCUUUCUGAAACCAUCGCCGGCUUCAUGGAACGUUUAGUUCCUUCUCAAGAUCAAGCCUAA